GUUGGAGUCAUUGCCACACCGACGAGCAGCAGCAGCUACCCACCUCGUGAGAGAGUUUAAGACAAGCAAAGGACUUCGACAGCAGCCGCCGCCAUGGCAAAGGAAGCUAAUGCCCAGACCAAAGUGAAAGUUGAAGUGGAAUCCAUUUGGAAGGCCGUGGCCAAGGACUUGAGGUUCAUCGCUCCCAAAAUUCUGCCUAGCAAGGUUAAGAGCGUCGAAGUGCUCGAGGGAGAUGGCUUCAGCGUUGGCUCCAUCAUGCGCUUCAACUUCGUCCCCGACAUCUCACCGAGAGGGUACCAGAACGAGAAGGUGGUAGAACUGGAUGAAGAGCGCCACCGCGUAGGGCUGCAAGUGGUGGAAGCCGGCCGCUUCGAUAUUGGUUUCAAGGCUUUCAAGAUCACCUACCAAUUCACGGCCCAAGGAGAGAAGGAGACCCUUGUGGACAUCAACCUCGCCUAUGAGAUGAACGAAGGUGCCACAGAAAUCCCCGCCGAAGAUCUUCUCAAAUCCCCUCUCACUGUCAUGCAGUGCUUCGAGGAUUUCUUGACCGCCCAAAACAAGUGAUCAUCAUAAUCGUCGAUCAAACACCCCCCGGGGCGCUGUUUAAUUGCUUAAAUAAUUUCCUGUGGCCCUCGCCUUUUUGUCUAUUUCAUGGGCUAAAUAUUGGCAUGGCAGGGCAUGCAUAUAAUAUAGCCGAUCGAUCAAAUCUACGUCGGUCGGUCUAUAUAUGAAUGACCCGCCGGCUACAUGCGUUGGUUCUCGUCUUGUAUUUGCAUUCCGUCUAGUCAACUCGAUUUUCUUGUACUCGAUUGGUGAGCACUUUUCAUUGCUACCCUUUCUCUCCCAAAAUCUCAAAUAAAAGUGAGUCGACCCAGUUACUUAAAA